AUUUUUGUAGUAUAAUUAAUGAAUAAUUGAAAUCCAAAUAAUCAUAUCUUUGUUAUUUUCGUACUGAGUUCAAAUGUUCUAUAUAUAUAUGAGAUGUAUAUAUACAUACAUACAUCUCAUCCAAAUGUUCAAGGUAACUUAAAACAAUCGUAAGAAAACGAGAUCACCACUCCACAUCGCCAACGAGUACAUCAGAUCAGUAGAAGCCGGUUGUCCGACGCGCACUGAAGGCAGCAUCAGAUCCUGCAGCCUGUUGAUUUAAUAGGUCCUGUUCUCUGUCAUGUUCUAGUUUUGAUCAUGGCUAAACAGUACGACGUUUUGUUCAGAUUGCUCCUUCUCGGAGACUCAGGAGUGGGGAAGACCUGCAUGUUGCGCAGGUUCACGGAAGGGGAAUUUGAUCCUUCGCAUAUUUCCACCAUCGGAGUUGACUUUAAAAUGAAAACAAUAGAGAUCGAUGGACUCAAGGUCCGAGUACAGAUCUGGGACACAGCUGGACAGGAACGCUAUCAGACCAUCACCAAACAGUACUACAGGCGGGCCCAGGGUAUCGUAUUUGUCUAUGACAUCACAAACAUGCCGUCCUUUCAGCACAUAGCUAAGUGGGCAUGUGAUGUAGAUGAGUAUGUCCCAGAUGAUGUACAAACCAUCUUGGUGGGAAACAAAGCUGAUGAGGAGUUUAGCAGACAAGUAACAAAGGACCAAGGAAAAAAGCUAGCAGAAACCUACGGGAUGGAGUUCUUCGAGGCCAGCGCUUCCACCAGCAAUAACAUCAGUGAGUCAUUCAUCCGUGUGACAGAACUGGUGCUUCAAGCUCAGAAGAGAGAUGUGAAAGAUCUGUUGGGGUCUCUGGACAACUAUUUGGAUCGGGCUGUUCUGCAGGAAGAGAAGGGCAGUCAGGAUAAUCAUGCUCAGAGGACUUGUGCCUGUUAAAAAAUGAAAUCUGUCACAAUAUGUUUACCUUGCAGCUACAAGACAUUAGAAUUUAUUUAACUGUUUUCUGACUCUUAAAACCUACAGGCUUGUUACACAGGAGGGUGCUGUAUUACUGUCACUUUUUCAAAUUACAGGGCUACAGACACAGUAAACAGCUGGUGCCAACAGAGGGCCAGUUUAGCAGAACGAUCAGGGAAUCUUUCUGUUAGAUAAAAGUAAUCAACGCGUCUUUUCUCUCUUCAAAUGCAGAUCUGUACCAUAUUUCUGCAUCAUUUGUUCACUGAAUUUAGCCAAUGUUUGAUUUCUUUGUUCUUUUUAUUUUUAGUUGAUGCUCAGUGGAAAGUUUACAUCCAUAUUUGUGCACUUUAGUGACAAUGACAAAGAUAGAAACAAAGAGGUCAGAGCACAGAUCUGAAUUAUUAAGUUGUGGAAACUCAAACCAAGUGGGGGUUGUUUUAUUUACUCUAUGGACUUUUACCUCCAAUGAAACACAACUGUGCCAUGUGGAGGUGUUCCUGCUAAAUUCAAGGUGUUUAAUGCCUCGUACGUAGACUCAGAUGUCUGAUUUUAGGAAAAAUGUUCUAGUUUGUGGCAAAAACUUUAAUAUAUUUUAAAAUAACUUAUACAUGGCAAUGUUCAUGUUUAAACAAAACAGUCUGGCAGUCUGAAUUCGCUGGGUUAUUUUAUUAGGACUGAAGUAAUGUUAGGCAUACAGGGAGUUCAGGCAGUAGCCUCAUGUAUUUUUCAUCAGAUGCUAGGAGACACAGGUGAUUGUUUAAUUUUUGAUGACUAAGAAAACUGAGACAUGCACAUAGACAUGACAAAAAGCCAAACCCACCAAAUAACACUGGUUAAUACUGGCCUCCCCAGAGAAAAGGAUACAGUGCCUUGCAAAAGAAUUCAGUCACGUUGUUUGAACUUUUUCAACACUUUCUUAUGUUAUAUGAACACGUCUGUGUUAUAUAACCAGAGGGGUCUGUGUAUUUUAAUAGGAUUUUAUAUGAAAAACAACACAAAGUUGUCAUAUAUUAAUAAUGGAAGGUAAAUCCAAAAAUUGUUGCUUACAUUCAUAUCUAGGCUCCUUUACUUUACGACCCCUAAAUAAAAUCAAUUUCAACAAACUACCUUUUAGAAAUCACCUAAUUAGCAAAUAUAGUCUAACUGAGUGUAAUUUAAUCUUAAUAUAAAUCCAGGUGUGAAGGCCUCAGAGGUUAGAAUAUUAAUAAACAGCAACAUGAAGACCAAGGAACACCGUAAACUGGUCAAGGUUGAUUUUGUGGAGAACUGAAAGCAGGGUUGGGUUAAGAAAUAAUAUGGUCUGCAACCAUUAGUACCGAGCUUGAGCUAUUCUGCGAUGAAGAAAGACUUGCACCUUUAAUUGCAAAAAAGGUGGUUCUGCAUAGUAUUGAUUCAGACAGGCUCAAUGCAAAUGCCCAACAACCUUUUCAGGUUUAUUUGUCAAAUUCUUCUAAAACCAUUAUCCUUUUAAUUCUUCGCACUACUUUGGAUUAAUCUAUUGCAUAAAAGUUCAAUAAAAGACAUUAAAAUUUGUGGAUUGAAAGGCA